AUGCUGGACGACAGAGAUUACGCAUUCAGUCAAAUCAGCAAUUGGACAGUGGACACUCAAAAGGACAUUCAGCCCCCCAAGCAGCAGCCAAUGAUUUAUACUUGUAGAGAAUGUCACACAGAGAGUGAAAUAAAAUCCAGGGAGCCAAUCAGAUGCAGAGAAAGUGCAUACCGAAUAAUGUACAGCAAAAGGACAGAAAGAUUGUUGGUUUCUGACGCUCAAUGA